AUGAAGACGCGUGUGCUUCUGACAGUUUCAACCACAUCAGACAAACAAAUCCGUCCAUGUCAAUGGUCCAACACCAUAUCCGACAAUCAAUCCAUCCAUUUCAAUGGUGGAACAAUAUUUUCAACGGAGUGGCGCAAGGCCGUCGAUCGUGAGGCCAAGCAGCGGCCUUCCAGGCCGCGGCUCCUCAUCACGGCCGCCGUGUACUACGCGGCAGACAUGACGCUGUCCAGUCCGUCAAGGUACAUAAUAGGCUGGCGUGGCGGCGGAGAAGCUGGUGAUGGGACUGUCGAUGUACGAGAGGACUUGGAAGCUCGAGUCGGCCAACGAGACGCCGGCAGUGGGGAUGAGCGGACGAUGACGUACGGGCAGAUCGUGAGUCUGAAUAAUGCGACUGAGGUUUAUGAUCGCAAGACUGUGUCGGCGUACGCGGUGUCGGGUUUGGUACGAUGA